UUAUGGAUUUUGUUUUGAAAUAAUUUUACUUAAGUACGGAUUGUAGGACGGAUUGUACUAAAGUAUUUCGACGUAUUUUAAAAUGACUAGCGAAGUAGAUUUGGGUAUUUUACUAGAAUGCGAAUCUUGGUUUUUAACCAGUAGAUUUUUUCCAAGCAAAGUUGGAGGUAAACCAGCUUGGUUGUCUUUAAAAGAUUUGCCUGACUCGGAAAGUUUACAAUGUGAUUCAUGUAAAGAACCAACUAUUCUUCUUUGCCAAGUGUAUGCACCAAUAGAUGAUCAACCAGAAUGUUUUCAUAGGACUAUAUUUGUAUUUAUUUGCACCAAUGGGCUUUGUUGCAAAGUGAAUGAUGUUGGAAAUUUGAAAGUGUUUCGGAGUCAGUUACCGAGAAUCAAUGAUUUUUACUCUUCCAAUCCUCCAGAAGAAAUUGAAGAGGAUGUCCCACUUGCUCUACCACCGUUAUGUGCAGUUUGCGGAAGUUCAGGACGUUUUAAAUGUGGCAAUUGCCACUUAUACAGGUACUGUAGCAAAAUCCAUCAGGUUGCUCAUUGGAAGAGUGGACAUAAAUCACUGUGUAAAACCUUAAAUCAGGAAAACUCUAAUCUAGCAGGGCUGCUUGCAGAUACCUCUUUGGAUGGCUUUUUGUUAAAGGAAUGGUUAUUAGAUAUAGAUGCUGAACCUUCAGUUAUGUCAAAUUGUGAUGAAACAGAUGAAUUAGAACGUAGAAUGUCAGAAUUCAAACUUAUGGAAAAAAAUAAUGAGAUUGGUACUAUGGCUGAUGUGCCUGAUAAAGAACUAGAAAAUUUUGCGAUGGUUGGCGAUAAAAUGUUUAUGAAGUUCAGUAAGCGAGUGUCUUUAUAUCCUGAACAGGUUAUAAGGUUUAACCGUGGUGGUGAACCAUUGUGGAUAUCUGAUAAAAAUACUAUUGAACCUGAAGAUGUGCCGCCUUGUCAAUAUUGUAAUGGCCCAAGAGUCUUUGAAUUUGAGAUUAUGCCUCAGCUAUUGAAUAACAUAAAUGUUACCACUACUCGAUGUAGCAUUGAUUGGGGUGUUCUUUGUAUAUAUACUUGCAAAAAAAGCUGUGACAUCGGAAGUGCUUACAAAAAGGAAUUUAUUCAUAAACAAGAUUUUAUUGAUAAAUAAUAACUAGCAAAAGUAAUU